ACCUUGUUGAGGCAAACAAGACUGGAAUUCUGGCACUGCUGGAUGAGGAAUGUCGUCUGCCAUCCGCCAACGUAGAACACUUCACCAACGCCGUACACACCACCCACAAAGACCAUUUCCGUCUGUCUUCACCGCGCCGCUCUAAGCUUGCCUUCUACAAGGGCAUGAGAGAUACGGAGGGCUUUGUCGUGCGCCACUACGCCGGCGCUGUCUGCUACGAGACUGGUCAUUUCUUGGAAAAGAACAACAACACUCUUCAUGACAACCUUGAGAUGCUCAUGCAGCAGUCUGAAGAUGAGUUUGUUAUGAAGCUCUUCCCCAUGAAGAAGCUUGCAUCCGAAACCAAGAAAGGAGGCAAGAAGCUCAUCUUUGACAGCUUGGGAGCCAAGUUCAAGACACAACUGUCUUCGUUGCUGGUCAAGUUGGGAGAGACCGGUGCAUCUUUCAUCCGGUGCCUGAAGACUAACUUCAAGAUUGAGCCAGGUGUUUUCAAUGGCGGACAGGUGCUCAGCCAGCUGCAGUGUGCCGGUAUGGUCACGGUGCUUGGGAUGAUGCAGGGUGGCUUUCCGUCCAGAACUGGCUUCCAAGCUCUUUAUGAUAUGUACAAGGAUUUCUUGCCAUCCAAACUCGCCUCUCUGGACCCGAGAAUUUUCUGCCAAGCUCUGUUCCAGGCGCUUGGUCUGGAUGUGAAUGACUUCAAGUUCGGUAUGACCAAGGUGUUCUUCAGACCUGGCAAGUUUGCUGAGUUUGAUCAGAUCAUCAAGUCUGACCCAGACAAUCUGAAGGUGCUGGUCAGUCGUGUCAGUGGCUGGCUGAACGGCAAGCGAUGGAGGAAGGCCCAGUGGGGCGUGCUCAGCUGCAUCAAGUUGUCACGCAAGAUCCAAUACCGGCUGGAGAAGCAUAUCAUUCUGCAAUCUGUUGCAAGGGGUUUCAUUACUCGGAGAAGAAACCUUCCACGUGUCAAGGGAUUCUCCAAGUUCCAGCUUCUUCAGCAGCAACUCGGCAAAAUCAAGGAUCUACUGGACAAGUUGGACAAAUACCGCAAGGACCAGGAGGGCAAGUUCCUGGAUCUGCAAGGCCGCAUCGAUGGCAUGAUCUCCAAGAUGCGCGCACAGCCCGUCACCCAGAAGGAGAUUGACGCUCAGUACCACGACCUGUCCAGUGCGGUGGACAACGUCGCCAACGAGCUCAUGACCCUGAUCCAGAAGGAGGCCGAAGAAGCCGAGCGAGAGCGCCUGCAGAAGAUCCAGGAGGAGCUGGAGCGUGAGCGUAAGCGCAAGGAGGAGGAAGAGCGCAAGCGACGACAGGAAGAAGAAGAGCGCAAGGAGCGCGAGCGUAUGCUGCGUGAGAUGGAGGAGCGCCGUAAGCGAGAGGAAGAGGAGGCACGACAGCGUGAAGAGGCGGAACGAAAGCGCCAGAAAGAAGAGGAGGAGCGCAAUCGUGCUGAAGCAGCCCGCCGUGCUGCGGAGGAAGCAAAACGGCUUGCCGCUGAGGAGCAAGAACGUCGCGACAGAGAAUUGGCGGAACGUCUUGCUCAGGACUCUGCUAAACCGCAGGAUGUGUUGGUGAAGGAUUCCGAACCAGCACAGGAGGUAUCCCGUAUUGCCAGAACCACACUGCCGUCAGCGUCGGAGGCACCUGCACAGGCUGACAAGAAACUCCCUGAUCUCAGCAAGUGGAAGUACGAGAAACUCAAGGAGGUCAUUAGCUCUGGCUCAGCUGAUGUUGAGCUUCUUGCUGCCUGUCGUGACGAGUUCCAUCGGCGUCUCAAGGUCUACCACGCAUGGAAAGUCAAAAACAAGAAGAAGGGCGCCAACGUGGACAACAAGCCCGACGCAAUCAGUGCACCCAAAGGUUUCUCAUCGUCCAAGCCCCAGACUAUGCCAGCAGAGCAGAGACCACAGCGCUUCUUCCGGGUGCCGUUUAUCCGGCCCGAAGACAGGAAGACUAGUCCUUGCCAGAAGGGCUGGUGGUUUGCCCACUUUGACGGCUCCUGGGUCGCCCGUCAGAUGGAGCUUCACCCCGAGCGUCCCCCGGUUCUGUAUAUUGCUGGUAAGCACGACUUGAAGAUGUGCGAAUUGAGCUUGGAAGAAACCGGUCUGGCUCGCAAGAAGGGUGCCGAGAUCUUGUGCGAUCACUUUGACGAGCUUUGGAAGAAGCACAAUGGUCCACAAUACGCGACUACUUGAUUCCAUAGCAGAAAACUGUAGAAAAGCCUGUGUCCCUGUAAAACAUGAACAUGCAGAACCUUGGCUCCUUACGUACAUAUUUUCCCUAUUUCUAUUUUCUACUAUUCCAUACGUCCUCCAUAAAAUUGGUAUUUUUAUCGCUGGUUGAUCCAUGGCAGAGUUUGAUUGUUACUGAAGUAUUUAUUUUGAUGGUUUAGUUUGCGGCCUUCCGUCCACCACUGUAAAAAUCUUCUCUCAGCGAGACAUCCCUCUAUUGAAACUUGGUUAUCUCUAUAAUAUUUCUUCUCCUUUUUAAUAGUUUGCUUAGAGUGCCAGACAAGACCUUCUUGAUAAAUUAUUGUCUGCUGAAGUUUAGUUCAUUGCCGUGUGCAUUUCUAUUACUGUGAAGAUUUUCCAGUUAAGCAUCUCUCAAGGACUCUACUUAGUGGAGCACAUUCUGUUGUAUAUCA